AUGCUUCUGCCGACCCUUGGACUCGCCGCCGCCCUCGCGGGCUCUGUCUCUGCCAUUGGCUGCCCCUACAUGGGCGCCGAGCUUGAUGCUCGCGAUGUGCCUGCCGGCCACCCCAAUCUCCAGCCUCGCGCUGAUGCUCAGAAGACUGACGAGUUCAUGUCUCAAUUCGAGAUCAAUGACACUGAUGUCUACCUGACCAGCGAUGUUGGCGGUCCCUUUUCGGACCAGAACAGCUUGAGCGCUGGCGAGCGCGGCCCCACGCUCCUCGAGGACUUCAUCUUCCGCCAGAAGAUUCAGCACUUCGACCAUGAGCGUGUUCCCGAGCGUGCUGUCCACGCUCGUGGUGCCGGUGCUCACGGUGUCUUCACCUCUUACGCUGACUGGUCGAACAUCACCGGCGCUUCUUUCCUCGCCAAGGAGGGCAAGGAGACUCCUGUCUUCCUUCGUUUCUCCACUGUUGCUGGCAGCAGGGGUUCUGCCGACACCGCCCGUGAUGUUCACGGUUUUGCCGUCCGGCUUUACACCGACGAGGGCAACUUUGACAUUGUCGGCAACAACAUCCCUGUCUUCUUCAUCCAGGACGCUAUCCUCUUCCCGGAUCUGAUCCACGCCGUCAAGCCUUCGCCUGACAGCGAGAUUCCGCAAGCGGCAACUGCUCACGACAGCGCUUGGGACUUCUUCAGCCAGCAGCCUAGCACCCUCCACACCCUCUUCUGGGCCAUGGCUCAGCACGGCAUCGUCAGGUCCUUCCGCCACAUGGACGGUUUCGGUGUGCACACCUUCCGUUUCGUUACUGACGAUGGUGCUUCCAAGUUUGUCAAGUUCCACUGGAAGUCCCUUCAAGGCAAGGCUGGUCUUACCUGGGAGGAGGCUCAGAUUGUUUCCGGCAAGAAUGCCGAUUACCACCGUCAGGAUCUGUUCGAGUCGAUUGCCAACGGCCGCUACCCCGAGUGGGAGCUUGGUGUGCAAAUCAUGGAUGAGGGCGAUGACCUCCGCUAUGGCUUCGAUCUUCUCGAUCCCACCAAGAUCGUGCCUGAGGAAUACGUCCCGGUCACGCCUCUCGGAAAGAUGACGCUCAACCGCAACCCCAGGAACUAUUUUGCUGAGACGGAGCAGGUCAUGUUCCAACCCGGCCACAUCGUUCGUGGUAUUGAUUUCUCCGACGACCCGCUUCUGCAGGGCCGCAUCUACUCUUACCUUGACACGCAGUUGAACCGUCACGGCGGCCCCAACUUCGAGCAGCUGCCCAUCAACCAGCCGCGCGUCCCAUGGCACAACAACAACCGUGACGGUGCUGGCCAGCACUACAUCCCGCUUAACACUGCUGCUUACUCUCCCAACACGCUCAACAACGGCUACCCCAAGCAGGCCACCCAGAAGGAGGGCCGUGGUUUCUUCACCACUCCCGGCCGCACCGUCUCUGGCAAGCUUGUCCGCACCGUCUCGGAUACUUUCACCGACGUGUGGUCUCAGCCUCGUCUCUUCUACAACAGCUUGAAGAAGGUCGAGCAGCAGUUCCUCAUCAACGCCAUCCGCUUCGAGACGUCGAAGCUCACCUCGGACGUGGUCAAGCAGAACGUGCUGAUCCAGCUCAACCGCGUCAGCCAUGACAUCGCCGUCCGCGUCGCCACGGCCAUCGGCAUGAAGGCGCCCGAGGCCGACCCCAAGUACUACCACGACAACACCACCGCCAGUGUGCGCCCCAACUCUGACCGCCUCCCUCGCCUGGACGGCCUGAAGGUCGGCAUCCUGUCGACGGUCAACUCGGCCUCAGAGGCGUCCAUCUCGAGCCUCAAGUCGGCCCUGUCGGACAAGAAGGUCGACACGGUCGUCGUGGCCGAGCACCUCGCCGACGGCGUCGACCAGACGUACUCGGCCGCCGACGCCACCGACUUCGACGCCGUCCUCGUCGGCCCCGGCGCCGCGGGCGUCGUCUCGGGCUCCAACUCGUCCUCGACCCUCUACCCGGCCGGCCGCCCCGGCCAGAUCCUGCUCGACGCCUUCCGCUACGGCAAGACGGUCGGCUCCCUCGGCAACUCGGCGUCCGCCCUGUCGUCGCUGAACAUCCCGUCCGGCGACGGCGUGCUCAAGGAUGCGACGGCCGAUGGCGUCAUCGAGGGCUUGACGGUGUUCAAGCACUACAGCAGGUUCCCGACGGAUAACUAA